AUGAAUGAUCGCCUGACCGCCUACAUCCGUACCGCCUUGCUCAGCCGGCGCGCGGCGGAGAUCAACCCGAAGGACAGUCGAGCCCUGAUCGCGCAUCUGCAGGCCGUGCUUGCAUUCUAUUGUCCCGCUCUUGAUCGCACUUAUAUGACAGCCAUAUACAAGUCAACCGGUCAUACACAACUCCUGCAGGAGCAUUUCGACGUCCUGAAGGAGCUGGUUACACACCCAGACCCCGAUACACGCGAUUCCCUCUAUCGCAUUCUGUGUGGUUCCCUCACCACAGUCAUCAAGCGCAACUUCGAUCAAGAGGGGAGGCCUGUAACAUCCAAGUCCGUGAUAAAGGAUGUGAUAUCGGGACCGGAAAUGGUAGUGAGAAGCUUCGUCCUGGUGGCGGCCAUGGCGAAACUUCAUGCAGGACGGUUGCAGAAGGCAGGGAGCGUCAACGAUAAUCAUCAGCCUGAGAGUUAA